AUGAAAAUCUGGCCAAUUUUGUCAAUUGUAUUAGCUGUAUUAAGCCAAACCCAAGCCGAUAUCAAACUCUUACGUGAGGUCAACAUAAUGGGUGAUGACUCCUAUCGCCAUGAAACUUUCUCUUUGAAAAAUGAAAACACUGCCGAAGAAGAGCUAGUUAUAGAGGGUACCCAUACACAAAACAUACAUCCGAAAGAUAAUAAGGCUUCUUCUGUAUAUCGCUUCGAAACCAUUUAUGUGGCCGAUAAGGAUGGUUAUCGGGUGAAAUACAAAUUAGUGCGUCAACCUAAUGUGCAGCUUUUCUUGAGUCCAUCAACAUUAAAAUCUGUAACGGGUUAA